AAAUAGAUACACACACCAACUUCCACAAACCCCGGCCCAGUCUCCCAACCUCUCUCUCUCUCUCUCUCUCUCUCACCAUUUCUCUCAUGGAGGAGAUGAUGAUGAUGAGCAAGAAGCAAACUUGGGGAACAAGUACUCCCAACUCUUGCUCAAAUGCUUUGGCCAUUCACAGAGACUCACAGACAAUAUCAAAACCAAAACCCAAAAUCAGAAUCAUCCACAUAUUUGCACCCGAAAUCAUCAAGACCGACGUGGCCAAUUUCCGGGAGCUAGUCCAGAGACUCACCGGAAAACCAUCCGACAACGGCUGCACCAACAACAAGAAGAAGAGGGCGCAUGGAGUUCCCAGCAGAGGGUCGGAAGCUCAUCAUCAGAGAAGUGCAUUCAUGGCCGAGACCAAGAAAAUGGAGCUGAUGAGAAGUACCGGAGCCGGUGCCGGGUUCCGGGGGUUGGAACAGUUUCCGAGAUCGGAGAGAGUGAUCAAGGAAGAAGAGAUGAUGUGGAAUGCGGACAAGUCAGGUGGGUUUUUGGAGAGGUUUGCAGAUUUGGAAGGGUUUAUACAAGAGCUUGGUGAAUUUCCUAUGCUACCCAAUUUGGAUUCUUCUUCUGCUUCAAAUUCUCACUUGCUGCAUGGUUUUGAAGGCACCCAACUUGUGUAGCUAGCUAGCUAGUAGUACCAGUAAUUCAUCAUCAUCAGAAUUCAGAAGAAGAAACCAUGUAAUGAAUCUGAAAAUGGGUUGUGCCUAAUCUCUUGGUUUUAAGUUUUAACUUGACUCUAAUAUUUGCGGUUCAUUUUGCUAUGUAAAUACAAGGGUUUAAAGUUAAUUAAGCAUA